UUUUUUUCUUGUGCUUGUGUAAGCUUUUGCCCCGACAAGUGUCGUCCCCUUGUCACAAUGUCAAUCCAUUCACGGUUGAGACCCGCUGUACUACUACGCCAUGCCAUUCGAAAUCAACGACGAAUGAAGCAUUCCACUGCUUAUGUUACCACGCCAAUUUACUAUGUCAAUGCCGUUCCGCAUAUUGGACACUUGUAUUCCAGUGUGAUUGCAGAUACACUGAAAAGGUAUUAUGCAUUGAAAGGUGCCGAUGCAUAUUUGUGCACCGGGACGGACGAACAUGGUUUAAAAAUCCAACAAGCCGCUGCCAAAAACAACGCAUCUCCUCUCGAUUUUUGCGAUCGCGUUUCCGAAAGCUUCAGGCAGCUGUGUGAUGCGGCAGAUAUUAGUUAUACGACGUUUAUACGGACUACUGAACCCAGACAUGCCAAGGCUGUGGCUGCACUUUGGACCGAGUUGGAAAAGAACGGGUAUAUCUAUAAAGGGAAACAUGAAGGAUGGUAUGCAGUUUCGGAUGAAGCAUUUUAUGCGUCCAACCAAGUCAAAGAAGCAAUCGAUGAAAAAACGAGCGAAAAAGUCAUGGUGGCAAUUGAAUCUGGGCAACGCGUAGAAUGGACAGAGGAAGAAAACUACAAGUUCAAGCUAUCGGCAUUCCAGGAACCAUUAUUAAAAUGGAUCAAUGACAACCCUACAGCCAUCGUCCCUGGCAAUCGGCGCAACGAGGUGACCUCAUGGAUCAAAGCUGGCCUUUCGGAUCUUUCAGUCUCUCGGCUCCGAUCUAGACUUGACUGGGGCAUCCCGGUACCAAGCGAUCCAGGUCAUACGAUCUACGUUUGGCUUGACGCCCUCGCAAACUACCUGACAGCCAAUGGUUACCCAUGGCCCAAUAAAGAGAACAGCGUUAGUGACAGUCAGGUAGCAAACGUUUGGCCUGCGGAUGUUCAUGUGGUGGGAAAAGACAUCGUCCGGUUCCACGCCAUCUACUGGCCCGCAUUUUUGAUGGCUGCACAGUUGCCACUUCCGAAACAAAUUCUGGCGCAUGCGCAUUGGACCAUGGGCAAACAGAAGAUGUCAAAGAGCCGAGGCAAUGUCGCAGAUCCAUUUGAGGUCAUGGAUACCUACGGUGUCGAUCCAGUGCGCUACUAUUUAGUCCGAGAUGGCGGAUUCGCAGAUGACGGAGAUUACUCUGAGGAUAACAUCAUCAAACGCUACAAGGACCUGGCAGGUCAAUUGGGCAAUCUCUUGAACAGAAGCACGGCUCCUGCAUUGAAUCCCAACGCAAUCGCCCCUGCCAUGCCCCAGAAUGUUGGUGCACGCGACCAGACCCUGCACGCUAAGCUUGCUGCAUUGCCAGACACGUAUGAUCAAUCUUUUGAAGCACGUGAAUUUGGUAAAGGCCUUGCUGCCGUGUUUGAUAUGUUGGCCGAGGCCAACAAGCAUUUCCAGGAUAACAAGCCAUGGGAUUUAGCAAAGGAUCCGGCACAAAAGGAACGUCUUGAUCAAGUACUCUACUAUGCGAUCGAGUCAUGCCGUGUCGCUGGUAUUCUUUUGCAACCAGUAUUACCAUCCAAGAUGGACACCCUGUUGACUCGUCUUGGCGUGCCAAAGGGCAAGCGAUCGUUGAGCGACGCACAGCCAUCUCGAGAAAAACAAGUAGAACGCCCGUUGGGUGAAAGCAGAGAAACUGUUUUGUUCCCCCGUUUGAAAAAAUAGAGAUCUACAAGUAUUAAACACGCAUCACUUGGGAUAUAUACACAAAGCGUCAUCAACACAAUGCUUCUUGGCGCACGAUCACAAUAACAGCAAAAAAGCUUAACCCCUCUCUACUUACCACCAACAUCCCACUUUAAAUCAUCACAACUUACUAUAUAAUCAUUUUUUGCCCUUUUAUUUUGCUGUCGUCAAUGUAUGUAAAUUAAACAUGUUCUUUUUCUGUUUUAUUAUUGUCGUCACUGCAUUGUUGAUCUUUAAACAAAAAAAACUUGUCUUCGAUCG